UUCUACCUCUUCCUCAUCUAGUGGCUUUUUGUCACUGUUUUAGUUCAAGUGACAAGCAUUAGUAGCACAGCCAACUUUUACACUGCCACAGGUGUAGUUGUGAUCCUCAGGAUUUUAUUGCUUAACCACUACUGGAUCUACAUCAACAUGUUACGACGGAAACCAUCCAAUGCCUCAGAAAAGGAGCAGCCCCAGGUGCAAAAGAAGAAGUUGUCUCUGCAAAGGUCCAGUAGCUUCAAAGACUUUAUGAAGCCAAAGCCAGCAUCACCUGUAGUGAGUGAGGCCACCUUGGAUGAAAGUAAUUUGGAGGGGGCACCACCAGAGGAUUCUGGGAAAAGUAACGGGAAACUGGGAAAGAGAUGGCGAAAUGUCAUAACUCGCACAAUGACCCGCAAAACGUCCAAGAUGGUUCAGAAAGCCCUUGCAGAGGAAGGGAUUGAGAGUGGGGAGGAUGGCUCUAUGUCUCCCAUGUCUCCAAAUGACUGGAUGCCAGAUCUCAGUGCUGGGAACAGAACAUCUGUAUGCUCCAACAGCUCAGAGGACACAAUACACAGCCCUCUCUCACGCCAGCUCUCUGGAUGUGCUGACAGACAGAGUCUGGACAGUGGCUUCAGCCAGAGAGACAGUAUGAGACUGGAGGACAGCACCUACACAGGGCCCUUCUGUGGCAGAGCCCAAGUCCACACUGACUUCACCCCCAGCCCAUAUGACAUUGAAUCCCUAAAACUGCAGAAGGGGGAUAUCAUCCAUAUUAUUGAGAAGCCACCAGUAGGCACCUGGACUGGUAAACUCAAUAACAAAGUGGGCUCCUUUAAGUUCAUCUACGUCACAAUGCUACCAGAGGAGGAUACACCACCAAAGAGAAAACGAUGCACCAGUCAGGGAAACCGGAAAAAACCCAAACCAAAAACCCUGCAGGAAGUUCUAGAGAGAAUAGGCCUAACUGAGCUGGGAUCUCUCCUGUCCAUGCAUGGCUUCCAGAGUUUGGAGGAUUUUAGUGACCUGAAGGAUUCCCACCUGAACGACCUAAACAUUACAGACCCUGAACAUCGUGCCAAGAUAUUGAAAGCUACAGAACUUAUUCAUGACUCGGAGGAUGAAUCUGAUGAAGAAGACAAAUCUGAGCAAAAGACUGAAAGGCCACGGGACUCGGGCUGUUACGAGAGCACAGAAAACCUGGCAAAUGGGCGUGAGGAGCCCCAGGCAGUAUCCCAGACCGAGGCAGAAAUUGAUCCUGACACAGAAGUAAAAGCCAUUCAGCAGCAGCUGGAGAAGAUGAAGGUGGAGGAGAUUCCAGAGAGACAAAUGGAGUGAAGA